UGGGCUGCUGUGGAUGUUGCAUUGCGGAGUCGCAGCGAAUACAAUGUAACACAGGAUGUUGCAAAUGCAAUCGUGCCUCAGCCGCCUUGAUAUCGGCAACGGCAAGAUGACACGGUUCAAGUUCUGUGAAAUAUGUACCUCUAUUUCUACCUUUGAAACACCUCAAUAAGGAUCCAGACUUUCAUUGACUGAUAUCGCACGCUGCGCUCGAUAAUGGCGACUAAUCAAGACGGCUGUAGUGUCAAAGUCGCUUUAAGAAUCCGUCCGCAAUCCGCGAAAGAGAAGAUUGAGGGAUGUCAUAUUUGUACAUUGGUUACACCGGGGGAGCCGCAAGUUAUCUUGGGAAAGGACAAGGCUUUUACAUUUGAUUUUAUGUUUGAUAUGGAUGCUAGACAAGAUGGGGUCUACAAAUCUUGUGUUGAUAAACUUGUAGAAGGAUGUUUCGAAGGAUAUAAUGCAACAGUAUUUGCCUAUGGGCAGACAGGUUCGGGGAAGACGUAUACUAUGGGCACUGGGUUUGAUGUGAAUGUUACAGUGGAGGAGCAAGGUAUAAUUCCACGUGCAGUCAAGCAUCUCUUUGAAGGAAUUGCAGAGAGAAAGCAAGCUGCUCAGGAAGAAGGGAAGCAGCCACCAGAAUUCAAAGUGAAUGCUCAGUUUCUUGAGCUAUACAAUGAAGAGAUAUUAGAUCUUUUUGACAGCACACGGGAGCUGGAUUCUCGCCACAGGAAGUCCAACAUUAAAAUUCAUGAAGGUGCCAAUGGAACUAUUUACACCAGUGGGGUUGUUUCACGUGUUGUUAAUUCAGAACAAGAGUUGAUACAGUGCUUGAAGCUGGGAGCUCUCGCUCGCACCACUGCAAGCACACAGAUGAAUGCCGAGAGUUCCCGUUCCCAUGCUAUUUUUACAGUCCAUGUCUGUCAAAUGAGGGUCUGCUCAAGACAAGAUAUGGUGAAUGGAGAGAUAAAUGGAGUGGCCCAUGAAUCACAGCCAGUAAAUGAGUAUGAAACACUCUCAGCCAAAUUCCACUUUGUUGACCUUGCUGGUUCAGAAAGGCUGAAGCGAACUGGAGCAACAGGGGAGAGGGCAAAGGAAGGCAUUUCGAUCAACUGUGGUCUGCUGUCCUUGGGAAAUGUUAUCAGUGCUCUGGGAGACCAAAGCAAGAAGAGCCAUCAUGUGCCAUACAGAGAUUCCAAACUGACAAGGCUUCUUCAAGAUUCACUGGGAGGAAACAGUCGAACCAUCAUGAUUGCUUGCAUUAGCCCAUCUGAUCGUGACUUCAUGGAAACUCUCAAUACCCUCAAAUAUGCAAAUCGAGCCCGAAAUAUAAAGAACAAAGUUGUGGUUAACCAAGACAAAACCAGUCAACAAAUCAGUGCUUUGCGAGCCGAGAUUGUUCGACUUCAAAUGGAGCUGAUGGAGUACAAGACGGGUAAACGAGUCAUUGAUGCUGAUGGGUCUGAAGGUUACAAUGACUUGUACCAUGAAAAUGCAAUGCUACAGAAAGAAAAUGACACAUUGCGAAUGAGAUUAAAAGCCAUGCAAGAAACAAUUGAUGCACUAAAUAACAGAGUGACACAGCUCUUGAGUAAUGAAGCCACUCAAAUUAUAGCCAGUGCAGGAGAUGGCAAUGAAGAAAUAGGUGCACUAAUUCAAAAUUAUAUCCGGGAAAUAGAGGAUCUCAGGACUAAACUGUUGGAAAGUGAAGCCAUGAAUGAAUCACUCCGACGCAAUCUCUCUCGACUGACGUCCAAGUCUCCGUAUUCAGCGGGAUUGUCUCCCAUGCCUUGUGCAUCAAGUCUAGCCAUCUCUCUGGAAACUGAUACUUCUGAAGUUGUUGAACUGGCAAAAAGAGAUUUGGAAAUGCUUAAGAAGAAGGAAAGAAUACAAAGAAGAAAUAGUCCAGAGAAGGAAAAAAGAAAAAAGAAUCUACAGACAGAGAUUUGGGAAGAGACAGAUGACAAUGAAGCAGAAGAGGAAGAAAGCUGCUGUGAAGAAGAAGAAGGUGGUGAUGAAGACGAAUUUGACAGUGAUGGAAGCCUGGAUGAAACAGAUACUGAAUCAGAUGAGAAAGUCAACUAUCAGGCUGAUCUUGCCGACAUAACUUGUGAAAUUGAAAUCAAGCAGAAACUGAUUGAUGAGCUUGAGAAUAGCCAGCGACGAUUGCAAAUACUGAAACAACAAUAUGAGGAGAAACUUAUCCUAUUGCAGAACAAGAUCCGGGACACACAGCUAGAGCGAGACCGUGUCCUGAAGAACCUUGGUUCUAUGGAAUGCAACACGGAAGAAAGAGCUAGCAAAAUUAAAGCAGACUAUGAGAAAAAGCUUAAGGAAAUGAAUCGAGAGCUCCAGAAACUUCAGAUGGCACAGAAAGAACAUGCACGUCUGCUUAAAAAUCAAACUCGCUAUGAACGAGAGUUGAGGAAGUUGCAGAGUGAAGUGGCUGAAAUGAGAAAAACCAAGGUAACUCUCAUGAAGCAGAUGAGAGAAGAUCAGCAACGAAUGAGGAUGAUUGAAAGUAAAAGGAACCGUGAAAUUGCACAACUGAAAAAGGAGCAGAGGAGGCAAGAAUACCAAAUUCGGGCUUUAGAGUCUCAGAAACGACAACAGGAACUUGUUCUACGCAGAAAAACACAAGAGGUCAGUGCUCUUCGAAGGUUAGCCAAACCCAUGUCCAACCGAGUUGCUGGUCGUGUAAGUCGGAAGCAAAAUAUAUUGGAUUCAGGUAUGGAGCUUUCAGCCAGUACUACAUCUUCGGAGCCAGAGUCCCACUCCAAGUCAGUGUCCAACAUUGUUAAGCAGUGGAACAAGAAGUUAAAUGCAGCUUGGAAUGAAACUGUUUCUGCAGUGAAUGGAACCAGAACUGUGAGAAAAAACAAAUACCCGAAAAAGGGAGUUGGUGAGAACUUUUCUAAAACAGCGCGGCUAAAAUGGCAGGCACUGGAAAGCAGGAUAAGUGAUAUUGUGAUGCAGAGGAUGACUAUAUCCAACUUGGAAGCAGAUAUGAAUCGCCUUCUAGGGAAACGAGAGGAACUUAUUGGUCUACAGGAAAUGCUACACGGGAAAAGGGAACGGAUUCAAAAUGAAAAUCCAGACGAUGGGUCUAUCCAGGAAAUAAAUGAGGAGCUCGAGACUUUGAAUGCAAAUAUUGAUUAUAUUAAUGACAACAUUUCUGAAUGCCAGGCUACCAUAAUGCAGAUCGAAGAAACCAAGGAUGAAAUUAAUUCAACGGACACGUCUGUUGUAAUAAGUUCGUGUUCCCUGGCUGAAGCGCGCCACCUGCUGGAUCACUUUCUUAAAAUGUCAAUUGACAAGGGGAUGCAAGUGGCUCAGAAAGAGGCUCAGAUUAAGUUGCUGGAAGGUCGAUUAAAACAAGCAGAUGUGACUGACUCUGUUCCAUCUCAGCUGAUUAACAUGUUAAGGGAAAAAGCUGAAUCUAUUCCUGAACUACAGACAUUGCUUCAAAGUGUUUCACAAGAAAAUGGAGAACUCAGCAGUGAUGAUGAAACAUCUGAAUGCAGCAUAGGACUAGAAAGCAGUUUAACAUCUAGUUCUUACUCAAAGCAUUCCCUGAGCCAAGGAGAUUUCAGGAUAAAGACUGAACAGAAAUUGGAGCUACAUUAUCGAGAAGGUUAUGGUUCUGCUCUGGACCUGUCUACUCCAGGACUGUUCAGAGUUGCUGACAUAAAAGAAAAUGGCACCAAGACUGCUGACGUCCUUAUCCGGAACCCAAAGGAUAAAGAAUCCAUUGCUUUUCAACCCAGAUCUGGGAACACUUUUCCCAGGCAAUCUGCUAAGAAGCUGCCUGAUACAUCACCACUCUCAAGGAGAAAAUCGUAUGAGAAAGUACAGAUCUCAGCUGACAAAUCCAGGUCUGAUUGGAGGUCUUCUGAUAUUACUGUAACUCCCCCUUCCUCCCCGCCUACUCGCGCUCGUAAUGAUAGGAAUGUGUUCUCUCGACUUAGCAAUACUCAGCUUCAGACAUAUCCUGCACACGACAAGUCUGAUGACAGUGACUCCUCUCUCUCGGAGGUUCCCAGGGGUGUUAUUAAUCCAGUUGGUGGUGCCAAGAGUGCCAGGACUGCCCCACUCCAAUGCAUUUCAGUUGCUGAAGGGCACUCUAAACCUGUGCUGUGUCUGGAUGCAACUGAUGACCUGCUAUUCACCGGCUCAAAAGAUCGGACAUGCAAAGUGUGGAAUUUGGCCACUGGACAGGAAAUCAGUACCCUGAAAGGGCAUCCGAACAACGUUGUCUCUGUCAAGUACUGUAGUUACUCCAGUCUUGUGUUUACCGUCUCUACAUCGUACAUCAAAGUGUGGGAUAUCCGAGACACUCCCAAGUGCAUCAGGACACUAACUUCCUCUGGUCAGGUAAUUUCAGGUGAUGCUUGCGCCAGUACAGCCAGCCGCACUGUGAGUAUUGCACAAGGCGAGCAUCAGAUAAAUCAGAUUGCCCUGAAUCCCACUGGCACACUCCUCUAUGCUGCAACUGGCAACUCUGUUCGGAUCUGGGACCUGAAGAAAAUUCAGCCUGUUGGAAAACUGAUGGGUCACAUUGGUCCUGUAAUGUGCCUCACUGUGGAGAGCACGGCGACAAAACACGACUUGGUCAUCACUGGAUCCAAAGAUCAUUAUGUGAAGAAGUUUGAAAUUGCUGAAAGUACUCUGGGAAAUGUUAGUCCCACACACAACUUUGAGCCUCCACACUAUGAUGGAAUUGAAUCCCUGGGAAUCCAUGGGAAUAUUCUAUUUAGUGGAUCUAGAGACAAUGGAAUUAAAAAAUGGGACUUGGAAGGACAAGAACUAAUACAGCAAAUUCCUAAUGCACACAAAGAUUGGGUAUGUGCUCUGGCGUUCGUACCCGGCCGCGAUCUGUUGCUGAGUGGUUGCCGAGGGGGAAUGCUUAAAGUCUGGAACAUAGACAACUUUACACCACUGGGAGAGAUCAGAGGCCACGACAAUCCCAUUAACGCCAUCUGCACAAACUCCAGCAGGAUUUUCACUGCUUCCAGCGAUUGCAGAGUAAAAACAUGGAAUGCUAAAGGGUUAACAAAUGGGUACAUGCUGGACACUAGAGACAGCAGUCAGGAAUUAUCUGACAUCACCUAACUGUGCAUUUACCACAACAAACUAUUCUUUAAGGAGAAUAAAGAAGAUACGAACUCAAAACCAUGCAAACAAGGAUUUCUAAACUGAAGAAGAAAAUCAUUGUGGCUCUUCCCUCCACUGGAAAUUGUUGUGCAGCAAGAAAGGAUUGCAAGCAAUAAUUUUGCAAAUAUUGAACUACAAAUGUAAUUCUCAACAGCACUAACAAAUCGUCAUAGCAACAAAGCACCCUGAGCCACACUGCAUCUUUGUAAGUCUGACACAAGCUUGGCAUCCUUUCCAUACAUUUAAGGUAAUUUUUCCUUUCCUGCAGCUCUGUCAUUAUUCUACACAUUAAUACUUCUACAUAUUCAAUCUUGUACCCAAGAAUCUUCAUUUCAGCAGUGUUGUAAUUGGAAGGAAAUUAUUUCCUCUAUAGAAGAAUGGAUAUAUUUCACCAAAACUUUGGAUGUGAAAGCCCAACAGGCUACUGAACAAGACCAUCAGUGCUGUAAAAAGACAAUGUUGCUCUUAACUGUCUCAAUGGUUCACUGAACUUUUCCAAGGGAAAAUGUUCAAAGUUUGCACAAUAAUGUCAUCUUAGAGUGCUUCUGUUGAUCAGAUAUUGUCAUUCACACUGUGAGCUCAUGCAGGCAUAAAUAUGGAAUCAAAAUAAUCAUAUGGUCAAACUGCUACCACUGCCAUUGUUAGUCACUCGCCUCCAGGAAAAACAGCACUUCAUAAUAAGCUUAUUUUUUUAUCCAAACUAUGGAUAAUCAACUAAACCAAUAUGUCUUCAUUGCAUUUAAAUAAGCAACAUUUCUUCUCUGCAACGUGAAAGAAAUUCAAGUGUGAGUUCUUAAUUUGUCUAUGCCACACCAUGCGUCCCAGCAUAAUAUUUCAAUGAUUGUCAUUACAUCAGAAGAGUGGCAUUGAUGAAGACAGUAGUCUUAAUUUAUGGUGUUCACCAUAAAUAGCGAACUAGUCUUCACCAGUAAGUACACUUGUUGCACACACAUUAGAUACACAUUCUAAUGGAGGAUCUUAAUAUAGAUGAAUCUGGACUAAUUGGAUGUCUCCAGUCACCAAUGCCUUUGGAAGAUUGAGCUAAACUGAUGAAACAAAGUUUCUAGGUUUAUAUAAAAGUAUAUCAGUGCACUUACCAACAUUAUCUCCAUGCUCAGUGAAAAUAUUGUGAUUCUGAGUAUUCAGAUAAAGGCUUACUUUGAGGGAAGUCUUUAAAUACCAUGAAAAGCUUCAAUUCUGAAUUUAACCGUAAUAUUUUAGUACAUCUCCAAGUCCUAAAACUUUGGGCUUAGUGUGAUUUACAUUAUCCAAGCCUUGCUGAUUUGGAUAGUAUAAAUUGUAGUCUCAGUAGCCACUGCAUAUAGUGUCUGUUAUAUCUAUAGUACUGUGCAAAAGUCUUAGACACAUACAUAUUGAUAAGGUGUCUAAGAUUUUUGCGAAGUACUGUAUUUAUCAACGUGGAGCGAAGAGUGAGUUUCUAAAUCUGGUGCAAGAAAAGGAUGUUGGGAAUGGUGAUGGUGGAGUGCCACGGGAGGGGUGUGGCACAGGUGGCACAGAAAGUGUGCUAGGGGUGGGGGUAACGUGGGAGCAGGCACACACAGCCCUGAGACACCAGACCAGAUCAGUUGAUUCCAAACUAUUGGUUUAUUGAUCAUUACAGAAAAGCUGGUAGAAAUACAUCCACGUUCAGAAGUCCUAACUGCAUGAUUUGCUGAUAUAUUGCACGUCAGUUCCACUGAAGUUAUUGGAUCAGUGGCCAUGAAGUAAUCUUUUGCAAAUUGAGUGUGUCCAUGGAAAAUUUGCAAGCUUGAAGUUUUAAUUUAUUAUUUUUAGUAAAAACAACCAAGCUAAUUCCAAGGCUAGACUCUAAUGACGUGCAAGAAAAAUACAAUCUGGUGUCAAAAAUAUUGCUGUGCUCAACGUUUCUGUUUACAAUUUUAAUAUUCUGGAACACAUGAUAAUAUAAUUUGACUGCAGUACUGUGCCAUAAACAAAAUACUGAGCCUUCAAAGGAGUUGGCUAUUUACUUUCUGACUUGAAUAUUUGUUGUCUGUCAUUUAGUAAAUUGUAGCAUUCAGUAGUUUUAGAAAUACUGAUAAUAAAAAUGGAGUUCUUAAUUGCAGAGUGAUGGUUGGAAAAAAUGCUACUGUAGCACAAUUGAGUUUAUGUUCAAGAAACUGAAACUGAUUAAAGGUGUGGGAAUUGCCCCAUAGAUCAGUAUCUUGCCACCUUGAUACAUAGGUUAGUAUCAGCACAAUACCUCUAAGUCCUUCUGGUGCUUUUUAAAUUAGAAAAUGUUACACUACUUGAAUUGACAUCAAGCCUAUGACAACUCAGCGCUAUUUGAGAGAAGAGGUUAAAUAGAUAGAUUUAGAUGUCAGUGUUAGGGAAAUUAAUGUUUUUAAUGUAGCUGUUGUACUGUGGAUAUAUGUUGUAUUCUUGUCUUAAAGUAUUUUGCAGGCUUUAUUAUCAUCAGCUGUUACUGCUAAAAUUCAUUGAAUCUUAGUUGACAACUUUGAAAAAUUUUUUUUGAGGUGUUGAGAAAAUAAUUUGCUAUCUUAUUUGAACCCUAUCUCCUAUAGAAUUCCUAGUAGUGAAUUCUGUAAAAAUACUUGACAUUAGAUCAAGCUUUGUGUUCAAGGUGUGAGGAAAUAAUUGAACUGUGUUAAUGUCUAAGACAUGUACAGGAUAUGUUUCUUGUUACUUAGAAUAGCGUGCAUGUGAAUGUGUCAGUGAAGUCAUCGCUAUCAAUAUUCUUUACAGCCCUCGAGACUAAUUUCUGUGGGAAAUGCAAUUUGCCUUUCAAACAUUCAAUCAAACCUUAACAUUCAGCAUUACCUCUUGCAUUUUGCUAAGUUAUUUUUUGGAAUUUCCACACAAACUAGUGGAAAAGUCAACCUUAUUACUGAGAAAAAUUCCCAUGGAACAAAAUAAAAGGCAGAGGACCUGUCAGUUUUGACAAGGUCAAUUAAAUUUUCAAAAUCUGUGAGAGAUGUUCAGCACAUCAUUGGAAACAGUGUUAAUCUUAAUGUUACAGUAAAAUUAAGAAGUGCCUUUAAGUUUACUGUUUCACCUGUACAUUUCUGUAAAAGAAAACGUCUGUACACGGUAAAACCUUUUAGAAAUACAAGAUGUAUAAACUGUAUCUAAUGUAAAAAGAUUUAAGAUGUUACAUAAUUGGUAAUUGUAAAUAUUGUUCAACUGAAAUAAAAGUGUUAA